AAACAAUAAGCUCUUUAAUCCCUCCAGAUCACAAUGGAGCCUGGAGGAAACUGCAAUGCAAUUACUUCCACAACAACAAUCUCAACCAAAACCUUAGACACAAAACCACAUACCAACCAAGAUCCGAAAGCCAAACCCGGUUCAGAUCCGUCUUUACCUCCAUUCUUGGUCAAGAAAGAAAACCAAAAAACAAAAGCACGUGGCGACCAAGCAGGCACGUACAAGGAGUGCCAGAAGAACCACGCGGCCUUAACCGGAGGACACGUGGUGGACGGAUGCUGCGAGUUCAUGCCCGGAGGAGAAGAGGGCACGCUCGCUGCUCUAAAAUGCGCAGCAUGCAAUUGUCACCGAAGUUUCCACCGGAAAGAAGUGUACGGACAUAGAAACAAUACACAAGAAAUGAUAUCUCCAAUGUUUCACCACAGUGGCAGCAGCUUGUACAAGGCCAUCAAGCCACGUGGAAUGUAUCCAACGGGUGAGAUUGGACGUAGGACUUCUUCGUCGAGCGAGGAUAUGAAGAAGAUAUUGAGCCAACGGAACGGUUUGAUGAUGGUGAGGAAGAAGAAGAAGAGGAUAAGGACGAAGAUCAAUGAAGAGCAAAAGGAGAAGAUGAAAGAAUUUGCAGAGAGAAUAAGGUGGAGGAUACUGAAGAAAGAUGAAGAUGAGAUUGAUAAGUUUUGUAGGUUGGUGAAUCUAAGGAGACAGGUUUUCAAAGUGUGGAUGCAUAAUAACAAGCAAGCAAUGAAGAAGAACGGUAACACUUGUGAUCCGCAUAUGUGAAACUGAAAAAUACUUCUUUUUUUUAUGUGUUAAGAUUACUUUUGAGUAUGAAAUCGUGACUAGUUUGUAGGAUUGUAGAUGCAGAUGUUGCAACAUAAGCGUCUAUUAUGUUUUUGAUUUCUUAUGUUUAAAGGUACAACUUUUUUUAAGUUAGUUUUUGGUUGCAAGUUGCAACGAAUUAUAAACCUUGGACUGAAAUAAAUAGGGAACAAUGGUACGGAAAUAUAUAUGUAUCUCUAUAGUCAUA